UGAAACGCAUUACACCUCCAAAGCCAAAAGGCAAAAAUUGAUCUUUUUCUUUUUAAGUUUUUUCUCUUCUUCUACUUCUUCAGCUGUUGGCUCUUUCCCCUUUGGUUCACAAAAAGCUGUUGUUAAUUCCCACAUGGAGAAACCAACUAAUUCGACGACUUUGGCUCGAACAAAAUCCGAUCAACUGGUGGAGACUCUGGCGGCCGCCUUCAAGUCACCAACGCAAAGUGAUCAGGCACCGGGAACAUCUGAUAGCGGAGGAACUCUCUCCCGGAAGUCCAGCAGGCGGUUGAUGACGGCUGCAUCACCAGGGCGGAGCAGUGGGGGUAGCAAGAACAUCCACAUUAGGAAGUCGAGGAGUGCUCAGAUGAAGCUGGACUUGGAAGAAUUGAGCAGCGGGGCGGCUCUCAGCCGUGCCUCCAGCGCUAGCUUGGGCUUAUCUUUUUCAUUCACUGGCUUCACUGUGCCGCCUGAUGAGAUCGCUGAUUCCAAACCCUUCAGCGACGAUGAUAUACCUGAAGAUAUCGAAGCUGGCACCCAUAAGCCGAAAUUUCAGACAGAGCCUACUUUGCCAAUUUAUCUCAAGUUCACAGAUGUCACUUACAAGGUGAUUAUCAAAGGUAUGACUACUUCUGAAGAGAGGGAUAUAUUGAAUGGAAUCUCUGGUGCUGUAUAUCCAGGGGAAGUUCUGGCACUUAUGGGACCUUCAGGAAGUGGGAAGACCACGCUUCUUAAUCUGCUCGGCGGCAGAUUAAAUCAGUCUUCUGUCGGUGGUUCAAUUACAUAUAAUGAUCAGCCCUACUCCAAGUUCCUGAAGAGCAGGAUAGGGUUUGUGACUCAAGACGAUGUCCUGUUUCCUCACCUUACAGUGAAAGAAACAUUGACAUAUGCAGCCCGGUUGCGGCUGCCGAAGACAUUAACAACACAGCAGAAGGAAAAGCGAGCCAUAGAUGUCAUUUAUGAGCUAGGCUUGGAGAGAUGUCAAGACACCAUGAUAGGUGGCUCAUUCGUCCGUGGAGUGUCUGGUGGGGAGAGGAAAAGAGUUUGUAUUGGCAACGAGAUCAUAAUCAACCCUUCCCUUCUGUUUCUUGAUGAACCAACCUCUGGCUUGGAUUCUACAACAGCUUUAAGGACCGUUCAAACAUUACAAGACAUAGCUGAGGCUGGGAAGACAGUGAUAACAACAAUCCACCAGCCAUCGAGUAGACUCUUCCACAAAUUUGACAAGUUGAUUCUUCUUGGGAAAGGCAGUUUACUCUACUUCGGGAAAGCUUCAGAGGCAAUUAUUUAUUUCUCAUCCAUAGGAUGUUCCCCUCUAAUUGCCAUGAACCCAGCGGAGUUUCUGCUUGACCUUGCAAACGGGAACAUAAAUGAUAUUUCUGUACCAUCAGAACUAGAGGAUAAAGUACAAAUGGAGAAUUCAGAAGCAGAAACAAGAAAUGGGAAGCCACCCCCGGCAGUUGUACAUGAGUAUCUUGUGGAGGCCUACGAGUCGAGAGUUGCAGAAAACGAGAAGAAGAGACUUAUGACUCCUCUUCCCCUAGAUGAAGAACUGAAGUUGAAAGUGUCUUCUUCAAAGCGGCAAUGGGGGGCAAGCUGGUGGCAGCAAUAUUGCAUAUUAUUCUGCAGAGGGAUCAAAGAACGAAGGCAUGAUUAUUUUAGCUGGUUGAGAAUCACCCAAGUUCUUUCUACAGCAAUCAUCCUGGGAUUACUCUGGUGGCAGUCAGAUAGUAAAAGCCCCAAAGGCCGCCAAGAUCAGGCGGGGCUGCUGUUUUUCAUUGCUGUCUUCUGGGGAUUCUUUCCUGUCUUCACUGCAAUCUUCACAUUUCCUCAAGAAAGAGCCAUGCUUAGCAAAGAAAGAGCAGCUGACAUGUACAGAUUGAGCGCGUAUUUUUUUGCUAGGACUACAAGCGACCUUCCACUUGACCUGAUAUUACCAGUACUUUUCCUACUGGUAGUCUACUUCAUGGCUGGCCUGAGACUGAGUGCCAGUCCCUUUUUCCUCAGUAUGCUUACGGUUUUUCUCUGCAUUGUUGCUGCCCAGGGGCUUGGACUAGCUAUCGGGGCUACACUAAUGGACUUAAAGAGGGCAACGACUUUGGCUUCAGUAACUGUGAUGACCUUCAUGCUCGCUGGUGGCUAUUUUGUAAAGAAAGUUCCAGUGUUCAUAUCCUGGAUCCGCCAUAUUUCUUUCAACUAUCACACCUAUAAGCUUCUUCUCAAAGUACAAUACCAAGGCAUCGUGCCUCCAGUAAACGGGAUAAAACCUGACAGUGGCUUGAAGGAAGUUGGUGCCCUGGUAGCGAUGAUUUUUGGCUACCGACUCUUGGCAUACCUUUCUUUGCGGAGGAUGCAACUCCACUGUGGAACUUAAAGGAACAACGAUUUUGAGGAGUAUCCACUGAAAAAAGGGUCCGACUUUCCAUUAUUUCAAGGGUAAUCCUGAAAUGCCUGUUCUCAAAGUUGCAAGCAAGGAUCAGGAAUCAACACAAUGGAUCCAGCUUGACCUUAAGAAUUUGUCAAUGUUCUCACAUAACAAGCAGGAGCAUUGACGAGAAUUCCACAACCAUAUCAUAAGCAUGUACGUGGAUUUUAGUAUCUGAAGAAUACUUGCAUGUGUUUUUGAAUGAUCAACAAAAACUUUUUAACUCGUGGGUUAGUCUUACUAAAGAUAGCCUUUUGAUUGUAACCAA